AUGUCCAAACUCGUGGUCAUUCUUGGGGCGACCGGAAAACAAGUUGGGUCAGUGGUCGAUGCCUUGCUUCGCGACCCUGGUUUCAGUGUCCGAGCAGUUGUACGAGACACCUCAUCGGCAGCCGCAACAACAUUGCAAGGAAAAGGAGUGGAGAUUGUUCAGGGGAAUCUGACUGAUCUGCCAUCAUUAGUGAGGGCAUUCAGGUGGAGUCAACGGCCCGGCAAUCAUGGCUCAAGGGACCGCAGAAUCUAUUGUAAGGGAGGCAUAUCGGCUCGAAAUCGAAGCUGGCAAGAAUAUUAUCACGGCAGCCGACCUUGCUUGCGAGACACUGAGCCUGUUCAUCAUUUCGGCUCUCUCAGCAGCGAAAGAGCUAAGUUCCAACAAGUACCAAAAAAUAUACCAUUUCGAUGCAAAGGCAACGCUCGUACAAAUGAUAGAAAACGAGUAUCCAAGGCUUGUGGAGAGAACUGUCGCGUUGCAGCUGGGGAUGUUUGCUACCAAUUGGAAGAUGCCGACUCCUUUAAAGCCAACCGAGGUGAGAAGUUUCUCCUGAAAAUUGAAGUGAAGAUAAUGUGCCUAACACAAAGGACAGCAAUCCGAUGGCCAGUUCCGAUCCAAAUGCCUUGUUCAGUCAGCACCCAGAUUCCUUUCAUUGACCCCAACAAAGACCCUGCCAUAUUCCUGAAGGCACUGGCUUCUCAAGCCCUUCCGCUGCCAGCCCAAGGCAGAAAAAUCCGACACUAUGCUGGGUAUGCUAAAAUGAUAACUUUUGAGGAGUGGGUCAUUCUGCUGAACCACGAGCUUCCCAUUGAGAUAUAUUAUGAGCAGGUCAGCAUGGAGGACUGGGCUCGAGAAGUCACUAUUAUCCCUGGCAUAGGGAAAGAACUAGCCGAGAUGUGGAACUAUUGUGAGAAUGUCGGUUACGUCGGAGGCGAGACUGGCCAUACACGUAAGAUAACUUAG